CCGCUCUCUCUCGGGUCAGCCUCUGGGCUCCCGAUCCCAGCUUCCAGCUCCCGGCGCCGAGCCGCUCCUCCAACGACGCGCAGCAGCGGCGAGUGGGAGAGAGGACACGGGGGCCAGCGACAUCGGAUCCGCCUGCAGCCCGCAGCCCCGCUGAGCCCGGAGGCCGCCGGGAUGGAGCUGCAGCUGCCGGUCGGAACCCAGCCCCUUGCUACUGUCGAGGGUAUGGAGAUGAAGGGCCCCCUCCGGGAGCCUUGCGCCUUAACCCUAGCCCAGAGGAACGGGCAAUAUGAGUUAAUAAUCCAGUUGUACGAAAAGGAACAGCAUGUUCAAGAUAUCAUUCCUAUAAAUAGCCACUUUAAAUGUGUUCAAGAAGCGGAAGAAACACUUUUGAUUGACAUAGCCUCAAACAGUGGCUGCAAAAUUCGGGUUCAGGGGGACUGGACCAGAGAACGCCACUUUGAAAUCCCUGAUGAGGAAUACUGCUUGAAGUUCCUCUCAGAGGUCCUUGCUGCUCAGGAAGCUCAGUUACAACUCCUUGUUCCAGACCAAAAGGACUCGUCCAGCUGGUAUCCGAAAUCAGACACAAAAGAAAAGCCUGGGCUUUCAGGGCUUCUUGGAUUUGAGGAUAACUUUUCAUCUAUGAAUUUGGACAAGAAAAUCAACUCACAGAAUCAGCCUCCAGGGACUCAUCGGGAGCCCCCGCCCCCGCCCCCUUCCAUCAACAGAAUGCUUCCCCGGGACAAAGAAGCCAAUAGCAAGGAGCAGCCCAAAGUGACCAACACCAUGCGGAAGCUCUUUGAGCCAAGUAGCCAGUCUGGACAGCGAGAGGGUCUCAUCAAACACAUCCUGGCAAAGCGCGAGAAAGAAUAUGUCAACAUUCAGACUUUCAGAUUUUUUGUCGGCACGUGGAACGUGAAUGGUCAGUCUCCAGAUAGUGGACUUCAACCUUGGCUCAACUGUGACUCGAAUCCUCCUGACAUCUACUGCAUUGGAUUCCAAGAGCUGGACUUAAGCACAGAAGCAUUUUUCUAUUUUGAAUCUGUGAAGGAACAAGAGUGGUCCUUGGCUGUAGAGGGGAGUCUGCAUCCUAGAGCCAAGUAUAAGAAAGUUCAACUAGUCCGCCUGGUCGGGAUGAUGCUCCUUAUAUAUGCCCGGAAGGACCAAUGGCGGUACAUCCGUGAUGUGACGACUGAAACCGUUGGAACCGGAAUCAUGGGGAAAAUGGGAAACAAAGGUGGGGUGGCGGUGAGAUUUGUGUUUCACAACACCACAUUUUGCAUCGUGAAUUCCCACCUGGCUGCCCACGUGGAGGAUUUUGAGAGAAGGAAUCAAGACUACAAGGAUAUUUGUGCGCGAAUGAGUUUUGUGGUGCCAAAUCAGAACAUGCCUCAGCUGAACAUCAUGAAACAUGAUGUUGUCAUUUGGUUGGGAGAUUUGAACUAUAGACUGUGCAUGCCUGAUGCCAAUGAAGUGAAAAGUCUUAUUAGUAAGAAUGACCUGCCGAGACUCCUGAAAUUCGACCAGUUAAAUAUUCAGCGGACACAGAAAAAAGCUUUUGCUGACUUCAUAGAAGGGCAAAUCAAGUUUAUUCCCACUUACAAGUAUGACUCAAAAACCGACCGAUGGGAUUCCAGUGGAAAAUGUCGGGUUCCAGCCUGGUGUGACCGAAUUCUUUGGAGAGGAGCAAAUGUUAACCAACUGCAUUACCGAAGUCACAUGGAACUGAAAACCAGCGACCACAAGCCUGUUAGCGCGCUCUUCCAUAUUGGGGUGAAGGUUGUGGAUGAGCGGAGGUAUCGGAAAGUCUUUGAAGAUAGUGUGCGCUUCAUGGACCGAAUGGAAAAUGACUUUCUUCCUUCUUUAGAGCUCAGCCGGAGGGAGUUUGUGUUUGAAAAUGUGAAGUUUCGGCAACUACAAAAGGAGAAGUUCCAGAUCAGCAACAACGGACAGGUUCCCUGCCAUUUUUCUUUCAUCCCCAAACUUAAUGACACCCAGUACUGCAAGCCAUGGCUUCGGGCUGAACCCUUUGAGGGCUACUUGGAGCCAAAUGAGACAAUAGACAUUUCCCUCGAUGUGUAUGUUAGCAAAGAUUCCGUGACGAUCUUGAACUCUGGGGAAGAUAAGAUCGAAGAUAUUCUUGUCCUGCACCUGGAUCGAGGCAAAGAUUACUUCUUGACCAUCAGUGGAAAUUACCUCCCAAGCUGCUUCGGCACCUCCUUAGAGGCCCUGUGCCGGAUGAAACGACCAAUCCGAGAAGUCCCUGUAACCAAACUCAUCGACUUGGAAGAAGACAGCUUCCUAGAAAAGUAUUCUUGCGUGCACAUGAGCUCUUCACUCAACUUCGAUACAAGUACGCUGUUUCCCGGCCUCACUGGGGACUUUGCACAGGGAGCACACAGGGAGAAAUCUCUUCUGCAGAUGGUUCCCUUGGAUGAAGGUGCCAGUGAGAGACCCCUCCAGGUCCCCAAGGAGAUCUGGCUUCUAGUGGAUCACUUAUUUAAACACGCCUGCCACCAGGAGGACCUGUUCCAGACCCCAGGAAUGCAGGAGGAAUUGCAGCAGAUCAUUGAGUGCCUGGAUACCAGCAUUCCCGAGGCGAUCCCUGGCAGCAACCACUCCGUGGCUGAAGCCCUGCUCAUUUUCCUGGAGGCGCUGCCAGAGCCAAUCAUCUGCUAUGAGCUGUAUCAGCGAUGCCUCGACUCAGCCCACGAGCCCCGGGUCUGCCGGCAGGUGAUUUCGCAGCUGCCAAGAUGCCAUCGAAAUGUGUUCCGCUACUUAAUGGCAUUCCUUCGAGAACUCUUAAAAUUCUCUGAGUACAACAAUGUCAGUGCCAACAUGAUCGCUACCCUCUUCACCAGCCUUCUCCUAAGGCCUCCUCCCAACCUUAUGACCAGACAGCCUCCGAGCGACCGCCAGCGUGCCAUCCAGUUCCUGCUGGGGUUCCUGCUGGGGAGCGACGAAGACUAAUUCUCUUCCUCUUCCGGUUCGCCAAGAUUCCAGAGCUGGAAGAACUUGGGCUCCUGGUUCUUCCAGAUGGGGUGAAAAGCCAUGCCACGCACAGGGUCUGCUGCAGAGGGCUCAGGCUGUGGGCAUGGAAAGGUUUUUGUUAAUGAUGCAAAAGGACGCACGUGCCCUCACACUCCCUGUGCACCUUUGCCACAGCCAACCCAGCACACUCCUUCCAGACUUCGAUUGCCAAGCCAAAGUUACCAUAUCUUGGUGUUUUUGUGUUUUCUCCUUAUAAGGCCAGGAGCUCUGUAUUUUGCACUCUUUCUUAGGGAUGUGCUUGUUGCCCUCCAGCUCCAUUGUCAGGAUCACCUUUAGUGCCCUGGGAUGACUCCCCACUCCCAGGCUCACAAGCUGGCUGUAGCUCAGACUUGUCUGUAAUUCUUCAUCUAAAGCACUUUGGCGCUCCGUCCCACCUCACUCCUUUGCACCCCGCUAGUACUGUUAUUUUGAAGGACGUCUGGGUUAGGCUAGUGACAACUAGGGUGUCUCCCAGCAGUGAGUUCACUGCCUCCAUGUGGUCGUUCCAGGAGUUUCUGGUUUGCACCACAGCUGCGUCUCCGUUCAGUUGGCCUUUGUGUUGACCAGCACCAAGUGGAGCCAUAGCCUCUUUUCUCUGAUCCCACUACGUAGCAUAAGUGCAGGGACGAUUAGAGAGAACUUCCCACUGAUGGGAGAAAAUUACAAGCAGAACGGAAGCUUUUUGAGUGUGUCACAGGGGAGACUAGUCACAUCUGACAAGUCUUGCUUCCUCCUUGCCCUUUCCUGCCCCUCAGUGCAGAGCCUGGGUGUCCACAGAACCCACCUCCAGUGAGGAUCCACCUUGUCCCUGCGGGAGCAUCUGCACGCCAGCUUGUCUAGAGCUACUACUCCUCCCCAGAGCAGGGGGGUUGAGAGUGGCCCUACCCAUCCUCUCACGAUCUCAUGAAGGAGCAGGGCUCAGAGGUAGCUCUCGCCCUCAGCGGAGUCAUCUCUGAGUGUGACAGCCCGCUCCUACCAUGAAAGGAUUUGCAGACUGCCCUGGGGUCCCAUAGCCACCUUGUCUAGCACUGUGGUAGCAGACUGAGGACAAGAAGCACCUUAGCUGUCCCACCUGAGACACCCCUCGGGGUUCUUUAUUGAGUCCAGCUUGGCGGGGGG